AUGGUCGAUAUCAGACCUUCAAAUAAUAUUCAGUUGCAUUCGCUCUAUCUUGAACCCAUUCCAUCCCAAUUACCUGCAUCAUCAUACCAUACUCCUGAGAAAUGGCUGGCGGAACAAAUAACACCAGUCACAAGUGUUUUGCUGGUGGGCCAAGAGAAAAUCAUCGUUGCUUCCAGCUCGGUCACAUUAUCCGCUGUAGGAGUUGCAAGCGAUGCUGGCAAAAAAGGUCCAACAACUCCUGUCCCUAUUGUCAUCAAGCGAAAUUGCAAGAAGCAGCAAGGAAGAAGAAAGAGCAAGAAGAGGAAGACAAGAAGAGGAGGGAGCGUGAGGAGAAAGACAAGAAGAAGAACAAAGGCAAUGGGAACAGCAACCAAAAGAUGCGUCGCUAGGCUUUAA